UGAAGAAAGAUGGCCAUGCAAGCCCAAUAUGAAGCAUCUGCCGAAGAGGAAACCUUUGGGCCUCAGCUGAUAUCCAGGCUUGAGCAAUGUGGAAUCAAUGCAAAUGAUGUGAAGAAACUGGAAGAGGCUGGAUUCCAUACAGUAGAAGCAGUUGCUUAUGCACCAAAGAAGGAACUUCUUAACAUUAAAGGAAUUAGUGAGGCCAAAGCUGAGAAAAUCCUAGCAGAAGCUGCUAAACUUGUUCCCAUGGGAUUUACUACAGCAACAGAAUUCCAUCAGAGACGUUCUGAAAUAAUACAGAUUACGACGGGCUCCAAAGAGCUGGACAAGUUACUACAAGGGGGUAUUGAAACGGGGUCAAUUACAGAGAUGUUUGGGGAGUUCCGCACAGGAAAGACUCAGUUGUGCCACACAUUGGCAGUGACCUGUCAGCUCCCCAUUGAUAAAGGUGGUGGUGAAGGAAAAGCCAUGUACAUAGACACAGAGGGCACUUUUCGACCAGAAAGGUUGCUUGCUGUUGCUGAAAGGUAUGGGUUGUCUGGCAGUGAUGUUCUUGACAAUGUGGCUUAUGCUAGAGCAUUUAACACAGACCAUCAAACCCAGCUUUUAUACCAGGCGUCCGCCAUGAUGGCAGAAUCCAGAUAUGCACUUCUCAUCGUGGACAGUGCUACUGCUUUAUAUAGGACAGAUUAUUCGGGAAGAGGGGAACUUUCAGCACGACAAAUGCACUUGGCCCGCUUCUUGAGGAUGCUUCUAAGACUUGCUGAUGAGUUUGGUGUGGCUGUUGUGAUUACAAACCAGGUUGUAGCACAGGUGGAUGGAGCCGCCAUGUUUGCUGCUGAUCCUAAAAAACCCAUUGGAGGAAAUAUUAUUGCACAUGCGUCUACUACAAGACUUUACUUACGGAAAGGUAGAGGAGAGACCCGAAUCUGUAAGAUCUAUGACUCUCCUUGUCUGCCUGAGGCUGAGGCAAUGUUUGCAAUCAAUGCAGAUGGUGUAGGUGAUGCCAAGGACUGAAUGCUCACAAAUACUACUAUACAUACAAUAAUUUGACUCUCUCCUACUGCAGAACG